AGAAUCACAUCCGAACCUUCAACAUGGCUUCUGCACUUGCCUCGUCGCCUUUCAAGCCUUCUUAUCUGAUAAAUUACCACAAGAAUUUAAUUACUCAUUACAACUUCCAAUCGGUAUGCACGCUUUUCCGGAAGGAAAUCACGUUCCCUUUUAGCCCGGUUAUUAUCGCCAUACAAGAGAGGCAAUACAAUCGCGGGAAGAAACAUUACACCGAUUACAUGGUAUCGACUUAUGGAAAAACGAAAUCCGGUAAAAUGCAUGCGUUCACCGAGGAUGAACAUGGAACGAGGCAAAUGGCCGGAUUCAACACGAAAAAUGAGCAAUUCUUGACCAUUAGACUCAAGGGCAACGUCAACCACUACCUAUACGGGGAUUAUCACAUCACCGUUUACGUAAAAAUUACUUUCCAUGGGUUUGAUGACACUAACACUGUUCGUUAUUUCUUUGAACCCGGAUUAGAACUUGAUGAGCUCAAUUACGUCCAUGUACAAACAAUCGAACACCCAAAUAGCGAAGUAGAAGAGCCUAGAAGCGAAGAGGCGGAGAAAAGCGAGGAAAACCCGGAAGGAGAAGAGGACGUAGAAGAAGAUUCGGAAGACGAAAUAUCUGACGGACGACCAAUACUAAAUGUUGCCCAUCAACCUCUAUUUAUACAGAAUAGAUUCCAAACGUUGGAGAACGAAUCUGAAGAUGAGAAUUUUUCAGCUGAAUAGCAAAAC